CACUCGAGAAACUCAAUCUAGGAAUUGUCAAGUGGAUGAAAAAUCAAAGAAAUAAGGCAAGAAAAGCAAUAAUCACCCAAACUUGUACUUUAACUUUCAGCAUUAUUAAAGUUGUUAUCCAACCUGGAAACGUAUUAAAUGCGGUUGGUGAUGCAGAAGAAACACUCAAAUCAAUGCAGAAGGCCUUAUCUGACCUACUUCUUAAUUGGAAUGAUACUGCUAUUAACGAAUUGAUCGCUAAUAAAAAGGCAGAGCUCGAAAAUGGCAUUAAUAUGGUAAAGGAAGCAAGUGAUAACUUUCAAAAUAAAGUUAAUGAAGAUAGUAUACAUGCAAUUACGGAUGACAUGGAGAAAUCUAUCCAAGAUAUAGAUGAUCAAGCUAAGGAAAGUCGUGCUAUGAAACGAAUUAGUGACAGCAUUAAGAAACUGGGUGAACAGUUAACUUCGCUCGGGGAAGAUAUUGACGGUGUACAAGAAUAUAUAGAUUCUUUAUACGUGUAUAUCGAUUAUGUUGACGCACAAGUUGAUGCAGAGGUCGACGAAAAGAAAAAAUCCGAAAAACUUGCAAAAAUUAAAAAGACAUUAGAUGCAGACAAUAAAAAACAACAACGACUUGAAAAAAUGAUUAAAAAACUUGAACUAGAAACUAAAUCACAAAAUGAUGAAUUGAAACUUUUAUUAUUCGAACACCUCGUCUAUACUAGAUACUGCAUGACGAUAUUCAUGGACAAGUAUUGUCGUGCUUACAAAUAUUGGUCCCUAUCUGAAUCCAAGUUAAAACUCUCAGUUAAAGAAUUUCAUGAAAUCAAUAUUAAUGCAAUGUUCAGAGAUCUUGAUGAAUUUUUCAAUAGUGACCAAAUUGCUCUUUAUAUUGGUCAUUCUGACAAAUUUGAAGACAAAGAUAAAACUGGUAAAACAUAUACUUUUAAGUUAGAAUCUUCAGAAAGAGGAUUUGAAUCCAAAGAAAGAGGAUUUGAAUAUCGAGUAUAUAAUGAUUAUUCUCACAAAUUUGAUAUAGACCAAAAAUACAUAGAUCUCGAUAACAUAUAUUAUGAUGAACGAGAUAAAGAUUAUCACUUUACUCCAACUCCAUUUAGUACAUGGACAAUUGGCCUUUGUAAGAAUGACAAAGGGGAAUAUCCUAAUCUAUCCGGAUUAAUAUCAAUUAAUGUUCACUUGAUG